AUGUUACAUGAGUGUAAUGAACGAGGCAUUAUACAGCUGUUUCGACCGGAUAUAUGGUCAGGAAUGUGCACACAUAAUUGUUGGUCUACUGCAAAAUUGGUGGAAACGGAAUGGAGUCCGAACGUGGAAGAAUUUCGCGCACGAUUCGAUCCCAACCUUGUUGAAGAAGGCCCGAAUCGAUUACGUAAUCUUUAUUUCACCUACUUGGUCGAACUACGUGCUUUGGCCAAGGCUGCGCCUUAUCUAAAGCGUCAGACUUACUACACAGGCAAUGAGACAUGGGAUCAAGGCACGCGGCAGGCGGUGCGUGAUCUGUUGAAUAUUAUCCAAAAAUGUGCAAUUGACCAGCAGCUUUCGAGGGGAAAAAUACGAACGAGCAUCCAGUUGAAUCAAAAUGCACAGCGUUAUCAGUUCAAAAGUGUGAAAUUUCACUUGAUCUUUUUGUCAUAUUUGAUUCACAAUAAAAAGAUAGCUUUUACUGCUCGAACAAUCACUGUCUAUUCCAGCGAUAAAUUUUCAUCGUUGCGCAUAAAGUGA